AUGUCUCAAAUUCUCAGCCAAGUCUUGAAGCCUGUCUACAAAAAUAUCAUCAAACACUACACCAACAAGAAUAUGGUUCGGUGGUGUUCAUCUACGUCAAUAUACCCAUAUCUGUCAAUUGACCACCUCCUUAAUAUCCCAGAGUCUCCGGAUGGUUGCGUAGCAAGAAGGUCCGGAUCAGAUGGUGAAAAUGAAAUCAUCAUCAAGAACAAGAAUCUCGCUAAAGAGACCCUUAACGCAAUGACCUCCGGAUUUAAUCAAAGUGGAGUGAUUAUUCGCAUGAAGGAAAAAACAAUCCUCCGUGAUACCGAAAAAGUUCGUCUAAACAUCUAUUAUAAGCCCUCUAACCCUAAAGCAAAAUUUGUGAACGUUCAUCUACCUCCUCUUCCCAAAGGUUGCCAAACCCAAAACCUAGAAAUGUCCUCUCUUCCUGACCUAGAAAAUGAAGAUUGGGUAGUCGUUAUCAAGUUGGGAUCUCAGCUUAAGCUCUAUAGGCAUAAGGACUUGCGGUGGAUCGAUAUCGAAACCGGCACGCAUGAGAGUGUAAGCCCAUACUCAAGUCUCAUGUAUUCUAAGAAAGAUCAAAGGUUCUACGUUCCAUCUCCUGGAGGAGACUGGUUGUGCUCCUUUGACCAAGACUUCGAGGAGGAGGAGGAGAUCGAGCUCAAGUACGAUAUCAUGGAAAGAGAAGAUUAUCCCCAGUAUAUGUUGAACGAGUUGGAGGAUAUGAAUUCGUUUACCAAGAUAGACCAUCUUGUGGAGUCACCUUCCGGUGAAAAAUUUCUCAUCUCAUGGUACUACGGAGACGAGAUCGCGUUAUACGAAGGAGCGAGAACAGUCAUGCACAGAACAAAGCGAUUCAUGGUGUUUAAAGAAAAAGAAACGGAAAAUAAGUAUAAAUCUAUGGUUUACACAGAAAACAUUGGAGAUAUUUGUAUCUUUCUUGGACAUGGUGAACCUUUGUGUGUCCCAGCGAGCUCAUCUCCAGGUCUUAAGGCUAACUGCAUCUAUUUCGUGGGACAUAACUAUGGUGUUUACGAUAUCACCACCCAAAUUUGCACUCUAUUCUCCACAGAGGAAGGCCCAUUAAGAUCCAAUGAAUUUCCUUAUUGGCCUCAUCCAUUUUCUCUCACUCCUCACUAA